CCGGCGGGGCGGCUGAGGCUGCUGUGAGAGGGCGCUCGAGGCUGCUGGAGAGCGAACAAGCGAAAGAGGCGGGGAGGCGGCGGCCGCACUAGCUCGCCCGCUCGCUCGCUUCCCGGCGCCGCUGUAGGUCCGCCGCUCCGUAGCGCGCCGCCCAGCAGCCGGGUCCCGGCUCGGUUCAGGACUCACGCGCGCAGGCGGACACUGAGCGGAGGGCGAGCCGGCGCCACACCUGUGGAGCCGACGGCCGUCAGGGUGCCAGCCCCGGUCCCACUGCGUGCGUACUCGGGGCUGCGGGCCGCCCGGGCCCCGGGGGAGGCGCGCCCCCCCGGCUGGGCGCCGCGGGCACCAUGGGGCUCCCUGCUCUGGAAUUCAGCGACUGCUGUCUGGACAGCCCGCACUUCCGAGAGACGCUCAAGUCACACGAAGCGGAGCUGGACAAGACCAACAAAUUCAUCAAGGAGCUCAUCAAGGACGGGAAGUCUCUCGUCAGCGCGCUCAAGAAGCCAGAGAGUUUCUCCUUCCGGCCAAACAAGAGUGCUCUGGGGAUGAGUGCCUUGGAUUAUUUGUCUUCAGCGAAGAGGAAAUUUGCAGAUUCCUUAAAUGAAUUUAAAUUUCAGUGCAUAGGAGACGCAGAAACAGAUGAUGAAAUGUGUAUAGCAAGAUCUUUGCAGGAGUUUGCCACUGUUCUCAGGAAUCUUGAAGACGAGCGGAUGCGGAUGAUUGAGAAUGCCAGUGAAGUGCUCAUCACACCCUUGGAGAAGUUUCGAAAGGAGCAGAUUGGGGCUGCCAAGGAAGCCAAAAAGAAGUAUGACAAGGAGACAGAGAAGUACUGUGGCAUCUUAGAAAAACACUUGAAUCUGUCUUCCAAAAAGAAAGAAUCUCAGCUUCAGGAGGCAGACAGCCAAGUAGACCUGGUCCGGCAGCAUUUCUACGAAGUGUCCCUGGAGUACGUCUUCAAGGUGCAGGAAGUCCAAGAGAGGAAGAUGUUUGAGUUCGUGGAGCCUCUCCUGGCAUUCUUGCAAGGACUCUUCACUUUCUAUCACCAUGGUUAUGAACUGGCCAAGGAUUUCAGUGACUUCAAGACGCAGCUGACCAUUAGCAUACAGAACACAAGAAAUCGCUUUGAAGGCACCAGGUCAGAAGUGGAGUCAUUGAUGAAAAAGAUGAAGGAGAAUCCCCUUGAGCACAAGACCAUCAGCCCCUACUCCAUGGAAGGGUACCUCUACGUUCAGGAGAAACGUCACUUUGGAACGUCUUGGGUGAAGCACUAUUGUACAUAUCAGCGGGAUUCCAAGCAAAUCACCAUGGUACCAUUUGACCAAAAGUCAGGAGGAAAGGGGGGAGAAGAUGAGUCAGUUACCCUCAAAUCCUGCACACGGAGGAAAACAGACUCUAUUGAGAAGAGGUUUUGCUUCGAUGUCGAAGCCGUAGACAGGCCAGGGGUUAUCACCAUGCAGGCAUUGUCAGAAGAGGACCGGAGGCUCUGGAUGGAAGCCAUGGAUGGCCGGGAACCCGUCUACAACUCGAACAAAGACAGCCAGAGCGAAGGGACUGCACAGUUGGACAGCAUUGGCUUCAGCAUAAUCAGGAAAUGCAUCCACGCUGUGGAAACCCGAGGGAUCAAUGAGCAAGGGCUCUACCGAAUCGUGGGUGUCAAUUCCAGGGUGCAGAAGUUGCUGAGUGUCCUGAUGGACCCCAAAACAGCUUCUGAAACAGAAGUGGAUAUCUGUGCGGAAUGGGAGAUCAAAACCAUCACUAGUGCUCUGAAGACCUACCUAAGAAUGCUUCCGGGACCACUCAUGAUGUACCAGUUUCAAAGAAGUUUCAUCAAAGCAGCAAAGCUGGAGAACCAGGAGUCUCGGGUCUCUGAAAUCCACAGCCUUGUUCAUCGGCUCCCAGAGAAAAAUAGGCAGAUGUUACAGCUGCUCAUGAACCACUUGGCAAAUGUUGCUAACAACCACAAGCAGAAUUUGAUGACAGUGGCAAACCUUGGCGUGGUGUUUGGACCCACCCUGCUGCGGCCUCAGGAAGAAACAGUAGCGGCCAUCAUGGAUAUCAAAUUUCAGAACAUUGUCAUUGAGAUCCUGAUAGAAAAUCAUGAAAAGAUAUUUAACACCGUGCCUGAUCUGCCUCUCACCAAUGCCCAGCUGCACCUGUCUCGGAAGAAGAGCGGUGACUCCAAGCCCCCGUCCUGCAGUGAGAGGCCCCUGACACUCUUCCACGCCAUACAAUCAACAGAGAAACACGAGCAAAGAAACAGCAUCAUCAACUCCAGUUUGGAAUCUGUCGUCUCAUCAAAUACAAACAGCAUCCUUAACUCCAGCAGCAGCCUACAGCCCAACAUGAACUCCAGUGACCCCGAUCUGGAUGUGCUCAAACCCACCAGGCCCAGUUCACUGCCCACUUCGUUUUCUCCCACUUUCCUAGUUUUCUCCCACCUGGCCAUCAUCUCUUGGCUACUUAAAAGACCAGAGAGAACAUCAGUAAACUGCACCCUGGCAACAAAUUCUGGCACACCAUUCCGGAAGGCAAAGGCCUUGUACGCCUGCAAAGCUGAACACGACUCAGAACUCUCGUUUACAGCAGGCACGGUCUUCGAUAAUGUUCAUCCAUCUCAGGAGCCUGGCUGGUUGGAGGGGACUCUGAACGGAAAAACUGGCCUCAUCCCUGAGAACUACGUGGAGUUCCUCUAACCAUGGGCCCCAGCAGAAACGCUGAGCUUCCCGUGGUAUCCAUGACAACUGCAGAGUCCAGUGGUGCAGGUCAUUUCUCUUUGCUGCUGAGAAAUGCCGGGUGGCUGGCUCUGCUGCUACCUGUCAACUCGAAUAUUUCUGUGAACUUUGGUGUCACCAUCUCCAUGAUCAUCUCAGCCGACAUGUGGUGAUACUGCAAGAAACAGAAGUGAAUCAGCAGAGGAGGCCGUUUGAUUUUGGUAACCGAGAGAAAGGGCUUGUAAAGCCGUUUGUCUCCUUCAGCACCCUAAAUGGAGAGCACUCAUUUUGUUUCAACAGUCAUCCAAACUCCCAACCUUCUGACAGGGGAAGUAAGUCAGAUCUAAGUAGACCCCAAGAGCAUGCAGUGUAGCUAAGUCUACAGGCCUGGGCGACAGCUCUGAGAUCCCGGCUGGGUUCAUUGCUUCUGUUUACAGUAGACGCUUUUUCACCCACCUCUGAAUACUUGAGACCCACAGUGCUACAUGCAGCUGGGUCUGUUUGCAUGCAAGAUAGAAAGGGGUUACGGCACUGUUUACAUAAGAUCCAAUCUCUCACCAUCUCUAAAGCAGCCGUUGGCCCAGCAUCAGCAGAAUUCAGUCCAGUGCUCUCAUGCAAGGGGACAUACACACCCCACAUUCCCCCCUCCCAAGCGAGGAACCUCUCUGCCACCGGGGGCUGCCAUCACCUCAUAACCACGGCAACCCAACCUACUCUAAAAUCAAACCAAAAAAAUAACACCCUCUCUUUGCAUGACAUGUGUUUUUCUCUCCCCCAUUUUGGGUAUUAUUUUGAAUGGCUUUCCAACAACCUGAAGCAGAAGAUCAAGAAAUUAGAGUGGUCUGCUGGGGGCAGACAGAAUAGCAGCUGGGCACUGUUUCCUUUCUGAUUUAUUUCAGCAGCAUCAGGAUAUAUUUGGAGCAAACUCUAGUAACCUUGAGAUUAAAUUACAUACAGGCUUAAUAUUUCUGUUCUUCCAUGCAACUGGUGUUUGCUUUCUAGAGGACAGUAGGCUGCCUCCCAAUGAGUGACACCCUCCCUGUUUCUGACUUGUUCCCUAAAUGGCCUCCCAUUUACGUGUCCCUUCCCCUGCCCUCGCCGGCCUCUAGCCCACCACUGACCACCCUCUGGCAGUGCCUCGGGCUCUGAGCACUGGUGCCCUGGCGAUUUUCAGGGCUGAUUCCUAGGUUAAUCCUAUGGCCUAUAGUUUAAAGGGAUAUACAUAUAUGUUCACUGCCACUCAGCAAAAGGGAGUUGUUUCCAAGACAUUUGAGGCAUGAGGCUAAUAUCCUAAGCCAUUGCAAUUCAGAAGGACACCAAAAGAUUGGGACAUGGAAGGUGGGAUGGGUACCUUUUGAGAAAGAGAAUUUACUGUCAGAAGGGGAUGGGUCUUGUGGAAGCCUGCCUUCGGUCAGCCUGGAUGUUUCAAUUCACUUGCCUUCCGAAGAACAGAGUUCCCAGGAUCUUCCACAUUUGAAUGUCCUUGCCAGAGUGACUCUGGGCAGAAAAACGCCCCACUGAUGGACUGUCGAGCUCCCCGGGAGCCCCUCGGGAUGGCAGCCUUGCUCCGGACUCUUUCCUGCUUCUGGAAUUCCUCUUUAGGGAAGUUCAAAGAAGAAAAGAAAAACUUGAAUUGUGUUGAAUUACUGUAUCUUUUACAUUGUUUUUUCUUUUGAAAAGGUAAACUUGUAAAUAGAGUGAUUUGAAAUACUAUAUGGCAAAGUUUUAUAUUUGAUAUUCUUAAAGCAACUUGCUCCACACAUUGAUCUUCGAUUGCUGAACAAGAGUGUGUAAGAGGAGGGACAGGAGCCGAGGCUGAAGCGCGUCGAGGCCAUUCCCCUGUGGCCUUGAGGGAGGAGAGGAGGUGUCUGUGUGCUCUUCUGCUGGCUCUUGUUGGUGGACACGGUCCAUCGACGGUGUUCAGUCUUCUUUACCCAGAUGUGUUUUUGAGCAUUACUUGGGCUUUGUGUUUGGAGAUGGGAAGAGCAUCUUCAGGCAAAGAAUUUUUCAAAGAACUCCUACUCAGGAGUGAGAUGAAGCUCAGGAUUUAAAUAGGUGGGGACAGGGCUUAGUUUUGUUUUGUUUUUGUUUUGUUUUGGUUUUUGGUUUGUUUUCAUUUUUCUUCUCAGGUGUAUUUCUUGGUACCGCAAGAUAUCAGGACAGAAGGAGAUAGGAAAAUUGCAUGUUCCUUAUAUCGAACUCUUCUGCACGUCUUCUACGACUUGAUAAAUGAGGCCAAACUAGUUUGCAAAUGUUGCGUGUGUUGAGUGCUGAGAAAAACUGGCAUCUUCAGCUCUUUAGUUCUCAAUAUGCUAUGCUGUUGCUUCUCCUUUCUCUAAACGUGUUUAUGCCCUUCCUGUUCAUCUCAGUUUUCCUAUAACCCCAGAUGAGAGAAGAACCCCAAAGAGGAAUGGAGAGUGUGCUGCGAGAGCUUUACAAAAGGUUCUGACGUUAUUAGGGCUGUGUCACUGUGAUGCAGCUCGUCAGUUAAAGGAUUUCGUAGCUGUUAUCCAGUAGCUCACCCAGCAACAAUCAAGAUGCUACCACUGAAUCAGGGAACAAGAAUUAAGACUGGACAAGACCAAGAUCGGACUCAGGAAAAACCCAAGAAGAAAGGGAACACAGGAACAGGCUACACCUUCUCCCCGCGGACUUUGACCAGCUUGGGGACCUGUUCGAAGGGGCCUGAGGUGACAAGCGCACUCUAGAGCAUCUGCUUUCCAAAUAGGAAGUGUGCAACAUAAUGCUUUUAACACAUUGGACGUUUCAAAUUGUCACCGGCCCCACUGGAACUUGAACUGGAGCUGACACAAAGGAGCAGAACAUACAGACCCCGGCUUUGGGAGUUCCUCGCUGAAGUAGACCUGUCAACAUUUGGCCCCAGCUUGACUACUGGGAAGCAUGUCCCUCCCUCCCUCAGUUGGCCCUGAUUUGAAGCCAGAGGGAAAUGGAGCUACUGCCAAUGGGAAUUUUUAGGUAGACCCCUUCCCAGCUUCCCUGUGGCCACGCUGAGCCUGUGACAGAUGGCUGCUCUGUUCCCUUUCCCCAUCCAGGCUUCCCUCCUCCCCAUUUGCUACAGAACUGGAGAAACUGUUCAGAAUAUGAGCCAAUAAAUAGGAAGGAAUUUGGAGACCAAAAAUAGAUUUUGCCCUCUCCACUAUGGAUGCCGCAUCCCUUACGUUCUCUGCUUGAAUAGGGAACUUUAGGGCGGGCGGGGGGGGGGGCUCCAGGUAUGACAGUGGAAGACUAUUGACCAAGGGCCCUGAGCUGUCCCAGGAGCAGGGGUUUCUUUGGUAAGGCCAUGGGAUCUGCUUGGUAUAUAGAACUUGAGUCUUUGUUGGGUACUAAGAUCAGUCUCUCACUCUUCCUUCAGGUACUCACAGAAUUCGAUGGCUACAGAAUGCCAUGUCAUAAAAAGACAACUAGUUUCAAAUCCUUGCUCCCCAGGCAAAGUAUAUUCCUGGUUUGCUCAAGAUUAGUGAUACUCUCUUCUGUUUUAGAAAAUAAACAUACAGGGUGCCGUGUAUAGCACCACCUCCCUCAGUAUCCUAUAAUUGGGGCUAGUUUGUAGCUUAGCAUAUUAGUAUUUUGACAGCCAAUAUGUUUUCUUCUGUCAAACCAAAACUCUUUUUCAACAUAAUUCCAGUUCAGCCCUCUUGCUGAGUGCUUUUUGGACAGAGGCAAAGAGAAAGGGACAAUGAGCAAUGAAGUAUUGACAGACUGGCAUUAGCAGGACAGAGCCAUGCUAGUGACAAGGUCAUUUCAGGCAUUUGUCAGGACUCCACGGUUGCGUGUGCCAUAUCCAGCUUGAAAGGAAGUCCUUCUACCCACCUGCAUUGUUGUCUCCUGAAAACAGCAACCCCAGUCACACCAGAAGUUCUGUCUUGACGACAGUGAUUCCAAAAGCAUCCACGAUUGAGGGAUAGAGAGACAGAAGUAAGCAGCUCCCUAUACCUUCAUUACCUGUCAUGACUGUCUCUUGGUACUUUUCAUCCUCUGGCUUCUGUUUCCAAAAGGAAGUCUGGACUACCCGGGACUCCCAGGUACAGCCGUGGCCAUCGUGGCGCCCACAGUUUGCCCUAGAAUUCAAUGUUUUAUAAGCAGCCAUCUUCCCCACGUAGGUAGCCAGCAUCGAAGAAACCAAACAGCCUCUUUAGCCACCUGACUUUUAAAGGAGUGUCCUCAGUAUUCUAUCUUGGGAGUUAUCUAUCAUCUCUGGCAAACUUGACAGUAAUCAAUUACCUAGACAACCCUGCCCCACAUCUCUUCUAAGUCAGCUGGGUGUCCUCUCACACACCCUGUGCUGGUGUUUAAAAAAUUUAUCUUGUGCUCAGAUGUGUUUGGCAGCCACCCUGCUCCGCUGGGUGCCACACCACUUUUCUCUAAUUGUAGCAUCAAAAUGACAGCAGCAGCAGAGCAGUGAACCUUGCACCAUUCUACGCCAUGCCCGAGACAAUACUCCAGCAAGUAAUAAUUAGCUGUUUUCCUUUCACCACCUCUAAUACUUGUCCAACGAAAGAGCUUCCCGGAGCAGAGGGAGAGACCAUAGAGAGAAUCCAGACAUCAUUCAGAGCCAGCCUUUGCUGAAAUGUGGUCUUCUACUGGAAGCACAUAUAUUCUUGGGAGUAAACAUAUUGCCAGGAGCAUAUAUAGUCAUGCUGGCAGCACAGAGAAAUGAAAAGGCAAUCGAUACUGAAGAACUUUGCAUUUUUUUUUUUUUUAAAGAGGGUUGAAUAUAGUUCUUAAUAGGGGAGAAAAAUCAAUCACAAAAAAAGUUCACAGUUAAUAGUUUUACAAAAGUUUUACGGGGUACUACACCAUGGAAGCAUCUUUUAAGGUGGAAUGUUUUAGAGAGCCGAGGCUUGGCACAGUCCUACACCCAUGCAAGGGUAGCAAUGACUCGUGUCAAAAUUCUCUUUAAUAUAGUCGAUGAGAACUAGAAUAUUGGCAAUCAAAAUGUUAAAAUUACCUGGUGAAGUCCUGGAGAGGCCAAGCCAUUCUACAGUUCAGCAACCAUUUCUACAAAGUUGUCCAGACACCUAUGAACAGCUUUCUUAGCUGGGUAUCCACAUGCCAGGGUCAACGUCAUACCUGUGAAAAGAGGUUCGUUUGAUGAUUCUAUUAGUAUGUGUAUGUGUAUGUACAGCGCACAUUUACACAUGUAAAGAGACAGACUCGUAGAGAAACCCACAUAAGCUGGCAGUCGCUGAGCCUUUACAGCCUAUAAAAUUGGAAGGUUGACAAUUUGAGAAAUAAGAGAGGCUGUGGACUGACUAUCAAAGAUGAUCAAAGAUGUAAAUGAAGUGCCAUUUUAAAACUUUGUUCAUAUUUAUCAAAUGGUUACUAUCUACAGCUAUAUUCCAUAUUAACUUAUUAAACGUCAUGUUGAAGAAAAGAUCAAACCCAUAAAUGUGUAGUAGCUAAUAUAAGUACUAGGCUCGUGUUCACAAACACGCUAAAAGACAUUUUGUCCAUAUUUGGGGGAAGAAAAUAUUUGCAUGUUCAUAAUUUAGGCUUCCGUUGAGUAUAUUAUAAAGUGCUGUGUGAUAUAGUAUCAAUAAAGGACUUCAAAAUGGCACUUUAAUGUUCUUUUUUUAAAAUCGUAAGUAAUGCACUGUUUUAAACUUCAGUAUUGAAUAUUGAUUAGUGUGUAGAAUCCAAUUCCAUAAUUGAAAAGUAUCUGUGACUAGACUAGAACUUUCUCCCUGUUAUUAGUGAAAUACUUUUGCCAUGUUCAAGCUUUAAAAAAAAAAAAAAAAGUGCUUUGGCAUCACUAAGCAUAUCUGUGAAGAAAAUACCAUUUCUGUUGAGUGGCCUCUGAAACUUGGCUUUCUUACAUUUGAUUGGUUUAUGUGACAAUCCCUAAAAAAACGAGUGGAAGUAUGAUUUUUGAAUUAAAUGACUUUUCCAUUUG